AUGAAGAAGAAAAACCAAAGGGAUAAUAACUUCGUGAGUUUGUAUAAGAACAAAUAUAUAAUAACGGGAAUGACCAUUUUGUCACUAAUUUUGAUGUUUCAGUACAAGUAUCAUGAAGUUUUAAGUGUUCAUGGGAAUAGUGAAAAUGCAGCUCAAAGUCACAAAUUAUUUUGGGCCAGACUAUUAUUCGGGAGAACGAGAAGUAGAAUCACUGGAGAAAUCUUCAAAUUUGAGAUUCCAAAUACAUACAGAUUAUUUAUAUUUAACUUUUUGAUUAAGUUUAUGAAAAUAAAUAAAGAUGAAAUAAAGUAUCCAAUUGAGUCAUACAAAUCCAUCGGUGAUUUUUUCACGAGGUAUAUAAGAGAAGAAACAAGACCUAUAGGAGAUAUUAGUGAUCAUUCAAUAGUAAGCCCAUGUGAUAGUGAAAUUGUAGAUUUUGGAGAAUUAAAAUCAGAUUACCUUAAAAAUAUCAAAGGUGUAAAAUUUAAUGUGAAUACAUUUUUAGGAUCAAAUUUUCAAAAAAAAUAUAAUGAUGAUAGUACCAAAUUUUAUUAUGCAAUUUUUUAUUUAAGUCCAAGGAAAUAUCAUCAUUUCCAUGCACCAUUUAAUUUUAAAUAUAAAAUAAGAAGACAUAUAUCUGGAGAAUUAUUUCCUGUUUUUCAAGGCAUGUUUAAAAUUAUUAAUAAUUUAUUUAAUAUUAACGAAAGAGUUAUUUUAUCUGGAGAAUGGAAAGGUGGAAAUGUGUACUACGCUGCUAUAAGUGCAUACAAUGUUGGAAAUAUUAAAAUUGUUAAUGAUGAUGAAUUAACCACAAAUAAUUUAAGAACACAACUAAGUUAUAUGGGUGGAGAUAUUAAUACCAAAGUUUUUGAUAAUUACAGACACAUAGAAAUUGGAGAUGAAAUUGGAGAAUUUAAAAUGGGUUCAUCUAUUGUCGUAAUUUUUGAAAAUAAAAAAGACUUUGUCUGGGAUGUUGAGUACAACCAGACGGUCGUUGUUGGGCAGAGGCUGGGUGGCGUUGGCGAACCCGUGAAAGAUAAAAACAGGGUAAUCAAAAUUAAGGGAUAA